UUUUCCCACAGCCAGUAAGGCCAGGAAGGCGGCAGGAGUGGGUGGUGCUGAGCAUUCCUUUCGUUGAGCUAUAUGACAGUCUCUGCUCUAUUCUUACCGUGGUGGAUAGGUCUAACCACUGAGAGACAGUGAGUCGUCUUGGCGUUCGAAAUUACCCCUGGUUAACUGCGGACAGCGAACGGAGGAGGCGGAUGUUGUGGAAUUAGUUGAAUUUAAAACAAGUGACUGCAAUCCUGCGCUUCAGGACAAGUGAUUUAAAAGCCUUGGGAAAAUAUCAGAUUGGGCGGAAGCACUGGAGUGUAAUUUUAUGCAAAAUAAGAACAGUGAAUGGCUUCAAGAUGACUCCUCUAAGAGACGGCUGUAAUCACGCAUUGAAAGACAGGUGCACGAAAGCGGGUGGCCACCACUUCCCGAGUCGGCCUGUCUGACCCUACGUACAUCACUUCGGCCUCUCUUGCGAGCCGAAACGUCGACAGCACUACAACUGCAAGCAACAACCGAUAGUCUGUGCGUGGAGUUGAUGCAAUAGAUAUAUUUUUUUUCGAUUUUUUAUAUAUAUAUAUAUCGGCCGUAUCGUUUUUUUUUUUCAUCUGAGGAACCCUUUUUGCUUUUCUGGACUUCGUUAAAUCGACUGUGAAUCAGGAGAGAGAGAAACUGGACUUGACCGGACCGUGAGUGGGAAUAACUGUGUGAGAGCGUGACCUCCACCGCUAGUGAGAAAUAACUGCCAGAAUACGGUGUAAUCGUGGUUGUAUAUACAUAUAUAUUUAUUGCCGAAUCGAACCCCGGGCGGCAGAAGUGUGCGAGCGUGUGUCCGUGCGUCAUCCCGGGCGGCAUCAAGCACCGGAAGUGAAGUGCCGCGGGUGUGGAUUCCCUUGGCCGUCGCUGCUCCCCGUCGGUGACCCCGCCCGCGCCUUCGCCCGUGAGCCAGUUCGAUGUUGAGCCCGGCGCGGCGGGUGGGCGCAUGGAUAUCGGAAAAGGACUGGGCGUGGGCCUUCAGUAGUACUGCUUAUCGGUCUUGGGCGUGGAACGUGGGCGUCCUGCUCUUGGUCUCCUCGGCCGCCCACCACAACUUUCCUACCACAAGCUCCUCGGUCGUCACUCCCUCCUCCCCCUCCCCUCCCUCCCCUUCCCUCUCACACCCCUCUUCCUUCUCCCCCGCCCACCCUCCGCCCCCGCCCUUCCUUCCCGCCCCGCCCGGAAGUGCCACAUCCGUCUACGACUCCCAAGGACUACAACUGAGUCGCAUCAGGAGCUUCAGUAGCAGUAGCCAGAACAGCAUCUUCGGCAGCAGCAUCAGCAUCAGCAGCAGCGGUAGCACCAUGCUGGAUACUCAGCUGCUCAAAGUUCUCUUUGCCAUCUUCAUCCUCGUGUUCUGGACGGUGUUCUGGGUCAUACACGUCAUCAGCAUCAUUUACGGGUACCGGAAGCUCCAUCGACGUCGCGCCCUGCCCAUGGACGGAGAGCCCGGCGUGAUGGGCGUGAGCAUCCUGAAGCCCUUGGUUGGCACGCCCAUGGAUCCCAACCUCAUGACGAACCUCGAGACGUUUUUCACUCUCAACUAUCCUAAGUUCGAGCUCCUCUUUUGCAUCCAGGAGGAGGGCGACCCAAGCAUCAUGAUCGUGCAGCAGCUUAUGAAGAAGCACCCGCAUGUCGACGCUUCGUACUUCAUAGGCGGCGUGGAGGUCGGCGUCAACCCCAAAAUCAACAACAUGCAGCCGGGGUACCUUGCGGCCAAGCACGAGCUGGUGCUGGUGUCCGACUCGGGCCUCCUCAUGAAGGAGGACACGCUCACGGACAUGGUGGCCCACAUGACGCCCGACGUGGGCAUCGUCCAUCAGAUGCCCUUCACUUGCGACAGGAAGGGCUGGCCUGCUAUACUGGAAAAGGUAUACUUUGGGACUAGUCAUGCAAGGAUGUACCUUUUCCUGGGACUCUUGGACGCUUUUGGCUUGAGAGUCAACUGCUGUACCGGCAUGUCCUGCCUGAUGAGGAAGAAGGUCCUGGAUGAGGAUGGAGGCAUUAGUGCUUUUGGCGUAUACUUAGCCGAGGACUACUUCUUUGCUAAGUACAUUCAGGGCCGAGGAUGGGGCAUUCGCAUCUCUUCUCAGCCAGCAUGUCAGAAUGCUGGGACAACCCGAGUGAAGGGUUUUCUGUCAAGAUUAACAAGAUGGUGCAAAUUGCGUAUAGCUAUGGUACCACACACUUUGCUUCUUGAGCCACUCAGUGAAUGUAUGGUGCUGGGGCUUAUAGCAUCCUGGGCGGGUGCUGUUUUACUGCGUGCAGACUACCUCACCUUCUUUUUGUUCCACACUCUUACGUGGUCCCUUGCUGACUGGAUUAUGCUCAAUAUAGUGCAAAAUGGGCCUCCUCCCUUCAGCAAGUUCGAAUUUGUGAUCAGCUGGUUGUUCCGAGAAAUAAGCGCUAUCUUCAUUUUUGUGCACGCCGUAUGGAACCCUGUUAUCAGCUGGCGUCACAAGUCGUUCAAGCUUCGCUGGGGUGGUAUAGCGGAGCCUGUUAACACAAAGGUUGCUGUUAUGUGAGGAAGUUGUGAAACAGGACUUCGCUUACAAUCGGCUGCAAAACUGACCAUAAUACCUUCAUAAUAUCUUUUAAAAACUUUCUACGAGGAAGUUUGUAGGCAUUAGUUCAUUAGGUGCAGUAAAUGUAUGCAAGGUUUUUGUAUGAGGACAGGAGUUUAGAAAUCACCAUAUAUAUAUAUAGCAGCAUCAGCAGAAGAUUGUUUUUCUUUGAGGCAUAUUAUAAUUGAAAUUGUUUGAUACAGAAAGUAAUUUGCAAGAUUUAAAACAGAGAAACUAAUUUUCCAUAGGUCAACAUUUGGAAUUCUACUAACUGCCCUUAUGCUGUAACCUGAUUUUCCCAGGUGUGGUUACUAGUUUAUUAACUAGUGUCAUUUUAUCUCCUGUUGGUCCAUAUUGUGACACUAAUGAGCUAUUGCUUAACAUUUUUGUAUGCUGAUAUUUGGCAGUGAUAUCAUGUGUGGGUAUGCUUCUUACAGCGAUUGCAGGAAAAUUAAAUUCAGAGACAUUUUCAAUGAAAUAUGAAUUUGCAUUGUUAGGCAUUUCUCAAAGGAAUAAAAUCCUUCAUGGUUAUAAUUGGCAUCUGUACACUGUAGAUAUUUGAUUACAGGUGGACCAGAUAUUUUUAAGAAGCUUUCAAUCUUGUACUCCUGCAAAGUAGCUUAUUAUGAAGUCUCUUUGUUGUAGAGCUCAGCUGAGUGGAAGCAUCUCAUACUAAAAUUUUUCCAAUAGUCUCUCUGAAAGAAACAACAUAAAUGUUAAUGCCAUAUUCCGUCCCACAUAAAGCAGGCUGCCAUGUGUGAAGUUCGAAUAUCUGUUUACCUUUACAAAAAUGGUGUAAUGGAGAGGUAGCCUUAUAUAAUUCCUCUUGCAUGGUACCCCCCAAAAGUGGUUAAUGAAUGGAAGGAGAUUGAAUAGUGUGGAGAAUCUUGCUUAAUGCUUGUAUUCCGUUUGACUUGUUUAUAUUUAUUAUGUAUAAAUACAGUUGGUGAUUAGAGACUUCAUCCUUUGUUUUAUCAGUCACAGUUGACAAAGUUAUGUGUGUAAGAGUGAAAUUGUUGGAUGUACAAAAUUUAUUAGCCUACCAUAGUGAGUGAAUGACUAUUUAUGUGUUUGUGUAUUUGUGUUUGUGGAUAUAUGUCUUGUUCAGAUAAGUUUAUGAUGUGGGGGCGAAUAUGAGAGGGAGCAUUGUACAUAUAUUGAACCAAAUCUCUUUGUAUUAAGCUGUAGAUGUCCAGAAAUUAGGAAUGCUUGAAAUAGUGCUUGCAUUCUGUGCCUUUUACAGAAGUAGCAUUCACUUGCAUUUACAUUUUGUAUAUAUGUAUUAUAUAUAAGAAAUAACUCAUGGCAUUUUUAGUUUUUUCUAAGUGAAAGGAACCAAAGGGUUUUGCUCAAGACACAAGUGAAUAGAUGUUUUUUGGUGUCCUUAGUUGUGUUAAAAUAUGCACAUAGUAGAAGAGAGUUUUCUGGAGUAAAUGAUUAUUUUUGAUUUGUUGUUUUUUUAGUUAUUUGUUAUAUUGUAAGCACAGCUAACUGUGCAAGUGAAAUAAACAAAGAAAUUCUUGAAGGAGUCAUUAUCAUUGAGAGAUACAACAUGUUCGUAAUACAUUUUUAAAAAUGGAUAUGAAUGUAGAAACUUAACUCAUAAAUUGUUACAGAAGAAGAAUUAGGUAGAAAUAUGGUAUAUAAUAUGAUAGUUUAUCACCUGGAAUGAAAAAUUAUGACAGAACAAAAUAUCAGAUUUAUUUAGUAAAGUUAGUAAAUUUAAAUAAAACUGUUUAAACUCCUUUGUCCUGUCUGAUGUGAUCAUAGUUGUUAAGGGAAAUUUAAUAGAACUCAGAUGGUAUUAAUAUAACUAUUUGUACAAAGUUAAUGUAAGUGCUAUCCAAGGAUCAGUCAGUAACAAGAUGUUUCUUAUCUUAUGUUUUAGCAGAUAAAAGUCGCUAUAAUUUUUUUUAGACUUUAUUCCUCACAAAAUUUGUGUAUAUGUUCAGAUAUGUUUGAAAUGUACUCAUAUUCAGAAUCCUACAGGUUUAAACCUUUGAGUGUUGACUACUGGAGAUAUGUUUGUUUGUAAGCAAGUUGUAUCACUAGAUUAUGUUAGCUGGUUAAUUAAAAGUGUUUUUUAUA